GCUCGUCCUUGUCAAACCUCGCUGUGGCGGCCGAGCUAACGUGAACUGGCUCGGGUCGCUGACAGGAGUAGUAACGGCAGAAACACAGCAGCAUGGAGGAUGCCUGUCACUUAAAGUCACCGCUGCGCUGAUGGAUUUGAGAAAUGUGCAGACGGCAGUGCCUUCAACACCGGGACAUAUUUUCUGUCAAGACUCAGGUUUCCUAUUGAUGUUUCCACGGCGCUGUUGACCAGAGUAACACUGGCGUUGGUGUAGCAGUAAGCUAGCAGCUAGCUUACGUUACUUAACCUGCCAUUUGGCUGAAUUAGAAACAUCUCCCGAACAAGCCGCUAACAACUCGAAUUAACGCACCGAGGGGGGAAAUAUCAAAGCGUCAGAAAUUGUCGUGCUGGUGUCAUAUUUGUAAGCUCUCAGCCCCUGGUGUUGCUUCCCCCUUCCCCGGUGGUUGAGUUCAUGAGCGUGCUCAGUGCGUAGUCCUUGGGGAUGGGGAGUGGAGUCCAGGAACAACGGGCAUCACUCACGCAGGGAGAAGUGCUGCCGUUGGCUUCGUCCAGUCAAUCAGAAGUGAGCUAUGAGGGCCUGAAGCACACUCGGUCUGUCCUCAACUCGCUCUUCUCGGGGGCUUUAGCAGGAGCUGUGGCCAAGACAGCUGUCGCCCCUUUGGAUAGAACUAAAAUCAUCUUCCAAGUGUCUUCAGCACGAUUCUCUGCCAAGGAAGCUUACAGGUUGAUCUACCGCACCUACCUGAAGGAUGGCUUCUUCAGUUUGUGGCGGGGGAACUCUGCCACCAUGGUGCGAGUCAUCCCAUACGCUGCCAUCCAGUUCUGCGCACAUGAGCAGUACAAGAGGCUGUUGGGAGGCUACUACGGCUUUCAAGGGAAAGCCCUACCUCCGUUACCAAGGUUACUGGCCGGGUCUAUGGCCGGGACCACAGCAGCCAUGCUGACCUACCCUCUCGACAUGGUGCGAGCAAGGAUGGCUGUAACACCAAAGGAAAUGUACAGUAAUAUUCUACACGUGUUUGUGCGAAUUUCUCGAGAAGAGGGUCUGAAAACACUGUAUCGAGGCUUUACUCCCACUAUUCUGGGUGUCGUUCCCUAUGCUGGUCUCAGCUUCUUUACCUAUGAGACACUGAAGAAAUUACAUGCAGAGCAAAGUGGCCGCCCGCAGCCCUACUCGUAUGAACGUCUGGCUUUUGGAGCCUGUGCAGGUCUGAUUGGCCAGUCGGCGUCUUAUCCUCUGGAUGUGGUACGACGUCGCAUGCAGACUGCAGGCGUCACAGGUCACACGUACGGCACCAUCCUGGGCACCAUGAAGGAGAUUGUGGCUGAGGAGGGGGUUAUCCGUGGACUCUACAAAGGCCUCAGUAUGAACUGGGUCAAAGGACCUAUCGCGGUCGGGAUCAGCUUCACCACGUUUGACCUUACUCAGAUUCUCCUGAGGAAGCUGCAUCAAAUGGGCUACACUGCUCGAUAAUAGAGAUACAAAGAAAAGAAAACGGGGACAGUGGGAUGACAAGAUCCCCAUACGUCCUCUGAAGGGAAACAAAGAGUGAGAGUGAAGAAAAUGUAUUGCUGGAUGGAAGCAAAAGCACAGUGGCUCAGGAUGCGUGGGUAAUAUUAAGUUAUUCUCUCGCUUUGUGUGCAACAGAGGCAAGUGGGAUGGUACAGAGUACACCCUGUUGUUCUGUACAUCUAAGUGCAAUAUGAUCAAUGAUUUUAUGUGCUUACACAUAAAUUGUAAUGCAUCUACCCUUGUGAAGCAGAGGGGUGUAUUACGAAGUGAGAUAGUUGGGUACCAGUUCAUUUCCUGAUCCUGUGCAAAUUCUCAGCUAAAAAGAAUACAUUACAUCUGUAAACAUGUUAAGCUAAACAGUAGUAAUCCCACUGAAUGAAGCUACGCAGUUACAGUAACGCAAAGUGUGUUUAUCGUGCUGCCACGGGAACUCUACAUGUAUUCAUUUGGCGAUGCAGAAAAUGAAGAUAUGUUUUUUUAACUUGGUCCUCAUUUGGUCCAUUUUACACCACUGGUGCUGCAGCUCAUAGAACUCAGAUUAGAAAAUGGAUUAAUCUGUUGGUGUUUAUCACAGAGAAUAGUCAAUUAGUAACAUUCAUUUUAAUUUGGCCAAAAACUUAAAUGAUUUCCCAGGUAUCCUAUCCAGUACCAGACCUAAAUGCACUUAUACAGCGUCACAUUUCAAUUAAUGCAUUUCUCCAUUCUAAUGUGAGGCGUUAUAUGAACUGUUUGUAUGAGUGUACACGGACUCUGAAGAGGAAGACUUGCUUCGUGUUACACCCCUCAGGCCUCUAAAGGCAUUAAUCAAUCAGAGAGUUUAGAUGCUCUCACACACAGAGGUCUCCUAGCUUACAUGUGUGUUUGCUGAAAACAAACACUUUCCAAUGCAAUGCAGGUUUUCACUCAUUUGCUAUUGAAUUUUAAGAAUCAUUUGAUUUGUUAAGAGUGAAAUAUGCCCCCUUGAGAUUCAUCUUGUUCAGAGCUUGUUUUUAGAAAUUACACCAAAGGUUAUGAUCUGAUAGCUGCAGAUUAUAUGAUAUUAGUAUGUUUAAGUAAGACUUUAGCGCAGUGUUUCCCAUCACAGAGGUUUAUAGCAGCUUGGAGCUGCUCCAGGUAGAGUAAUAGAUUAAAGCCUCAAUAAGUCCAUUAUCCUGACUCUUGAGCAUUGAAUUCACAACUUUAAUAGUUUCGCUGUGACAGCAGACAGAUGAGCUAUAUUUUAUGUCAGUGCCAACAGAUAUGAAGAGUGCCCAUAUUGUUUUGUGUUUGUUUUCACUGUGAUCAUAUCAUUGGGUUUAAGGAAGAGUGUUAAUUGUGGUCGACAGUUUUGUUAGUAUCAAUGCAGAUUUUACUCCAGUUUAACCUCCUUUUGGCAUGCAGUCCCAAGUGAAACACAUCAAGGAAUUUGAUAAGCAAUUUUCCAAAUGUGAGAUCUUCUACUCUAAUAUAACAGAUUAGUAUAAACAUCUGCACUGUCUAUGGAAUCCAAAACGGCAGCCCUCACUAAACCACCUUUGUGACGUUUACAGCAUCCCAUUGUUGCUUACGCUUUGUGAGAGGUGGUCCUUUAAAUAUUUGCCGAAUUUAGUUAUUUUCGUGAAAUUGCUUUGGAUUGCAAUUUGUUGAGAGGCAUAAUACUGUCACCCUCAUGUGUCUGUUGCUUGUGUUGGACACACACGGAGUACACACGGUGUACAAAUGUUGUCUUCCAUUUGCUGUCAGUGUGACAGCUGCGUGCUCUGCCAUUCAAGCCUGUAUUGUUUGAAAACUUGACAAAACACUAGUUCAGACUGUGACAGGUUGUUGAAAUAACUUUCAAACUCACAGUGUAGACCUGUAGCAGUAUUUGCUAACGGACUGACUCGACUGGAUUUAUGCAAACACGUAGUAAAGAGAUCGUUCGAGUUCUGUUGCCGGCAUAAUUUAGAGCAUUUUUUUUUUUCCAUUCUCAGUAUUUUUACCUCAGCACAAAAUCUAGUGUUCGUCUAAUUGUAUCAGUGUGUUAUGUGGAGUGAUGGCAAAAAAAUGGGACUUUAGGGCUUUGGCUGUGUGUGAGACAAAUUAACAUUUUGACAGUAUUGAUGCAGGCUUCAGAGUGUCAAUAGUUUCUAUACUUAGACCACACAUGCCGAGGCAGGAUGGCUGAGCUGAGCCAGCAGCUGGAGCCAAGUGGGGCAGAGGGCAGAAAGUGUCGACUAUACCAGAGAAAAGCAGAAUGAAACUCAACAGGGAAUAAAAAACAUGAUUUGAAUUUUUAACUUUCAGUUAGGGUUGCAUACAUGAUUAUUUAUUAGUGAUUAAUGUUAGAUUUUUUUUGACUAAUAUCAAGACAGACCUCCAUUUAACGGAUGCCAGAACUUAAUCUUGAUGUUAAUUGUUGUGACCGGCAGACGACUUCACCACAAUAUUAUUUAGAGUUAUUAUUAGGAAGAAAAAGAAACUCUUGGACUUUGUGAAUCUUCUACAGUAAGUAGGUUGGAAUUGAUUUUUUUCAGUUCACUGACUGAUUUAUCCAGUGAUUGUUUCACUACUAAGACUGACAACUUUUGAUGCUAACGCAGAUUUGAUACCCGAGUUUCCUCAUGAACAUCAGAAUUAAUCUUUUUUUUUGACGCCUUGCAUUUUCUACAGUCACAUUUCAAACAUUAAAUGUUGCAAAGAAGCAGUCACAAAUGAGCUGAAGUUGUGGUUUAAAUCACAACCUGGCAUGUCGUUCAGUAAGUUUCAUCACUAAUCGAUGAAGUGUCCGCUAACCUGCCCUUCUCACGCCAUCCUCUUCAUCCACAUCUUCUCUGUGCUCAUGGAUGUUGUGAUUGUCUUCAAGCAGGAUAUAUGUAGCGUUUUGGUUCUAGCAGAGAGGCUUGAAGUGGAGAAGACUGGUGGCGCUCCAAGUGUGAUGUUUGCAGUGGCCGCACAUCAGUUCUAUCAGCUGCAGACAGAUGCAAGUUUAAUCUUUUAAUAUCAGCUAGUUAUCUUUGCCCCUUGCCUUAGGUAGCAGGAGGGAGAUUUACAUCAAUGACAGCUUGGUCUGUAACCAGCACAUAUUCUGUCUGAGGGUGUAACAGGGCUGCUUGACUGAAAGUACACAGUAACUGACAGCUGAACAAAGGGUAGUUACUGACUUUUAAGUGCCUAGUAAAGGAAUAGUAAUGUUUUUACUAUGACUGAGCUACUUCUACUAACCUUUUUGAAGGUUGCUUCCAUUUUCUAGCCUUGCUUCAGUCUUGAGGUUACGAGUAUUUACGAGGCAGCACACGGUUUGAGAGUUGGAUGAUUGUUAGACUCUGUGACUGAAUGUAUCACUUCAGGUCCAGUUUUUGUAUGUGAAUUUUGUAAAACUUAAAACUGCCUUGCAGAAUAUCGCUGUCUACGGUGACAAAUGUGAUUCUUAGCUCCCGAUUCAUUCCAACAAGUUUAGAACUAAUGUAGAGGAAUGUAGGGCGAAUUUAACAACACAUUUACUGUUUUUUUUGUGCCCUGAUUUCAAUUGGAAGAAUGUAAAGAUAAUUGUUUUUAUCUCGCUGUGAUCUAUCUUCAGAUGAAACGAGGUAGACCAGUGAAGCACUCUUUAAGAAGGAGAGUCUGUAGGACUUGGGGAAACUCCCAGACAAUCAUUAAAUGCCAAAAACUUUUAUUUUUUGUUGGACUAAAAUAAUCUUUGACAGUGGCUUAAUGAGAAGAAAUGGUGAAACACUACAACAACUAACUGGUGCAAGUUGUGACUUUGUUUCCUCUUGUUAAAUCUAAUUUAACAGUUUAAACCCUCUUUUUGUGGGUACGCAGGCAUGCAGGCAUACAACUCUACUGUAUUUGUGUUGCAACAGAUCAUCUCGUAUGGUUUUGUUCCAGUGCAGCAUUGUUUUGUAAAUCCUGGUGAUUUGUGCCAACUGAAUGUAAACGUACCUACUAAUAACCACCUCCUGUGUCCAGUCUGUAGUGAUGAUGGUGUAUCUGUAGGAAAGUUCUGAAAUAUCGAAUUCUCAAAUAAAACUGGAUGUUGAUAACGGA